AUGUCGCAUCCACCCAAGAAGCGCUCUGGCGGCGGUCGCUGGAAGCCAUACACCCGAGACCCGCGACUUGACGCUCAAGCCUCCGAACCUCCGCGCCCUCAGUCUUCGAAGAAGCCGUCCACGCGUGGAGUGCCAGUAGAGCGUGCUCUCAUUCCGACGCAACCUCAACAGCAACACAUCACCACCCUGCUGCAACCCUACGUCAACCCGCAGCGCAGUGAAACUCCUGCAAAAAUCACAGAUGUCGAAUAUCUUGCCUCCUACAACUGGUUGUCCCACGGCAAGCGCACUAUCAUCGUUCCAGGCUGCCCUCCUCGAUGGACCCCACCGGUUGAAGCUGUCAGACUAUCGAAAGACUAUGGCAUGCGGUACCACGACAAAAACGCUUCUCAGUAUCCCAGCUUCCCACUUGAGCCCUCAGUUCGUGCGAUCUUUGCUCUUUAUCCCACCUUCGACAGUCAGUCCAUCGAUCUCUUCGCCUGCAGCAACACUAUUCGCAACCUUGGUUCGUUCGUCAACCAGGCUGAGAAGAAUUUUCGCUUCUACGCUGAGAAGAUUGGCAGUACUCUCUUUCUCAUGCACGUUGAGAACGGUGGACCGAUGGAUAUUAUCAAAGACGUGGUGGGGUAUGGUCAUAACUUCGCCGAGGCCUAUACCACUUGGGAUGAAGGCUGCAAGGGUUCAGAGACUCAUCAGCGACUCAUCGCCUACAAUCUAGGUGGUCUACGGUGUGUUGUCAGAUACGAAGCCGAUGGGUAUCUGCCGGAGAAGCUCGACGAGGGCCAUCCACUCAAGCACGUAGCCGAAUUCGGCAGCAAAGAAGAGGCCACGGAUAGCAUCAAAGCAGAGCCUGGCACUUCUAUCAAGGAAGAAGCUAUGAACUCCAUCAAGGAAGAACCGAUGGACUACAUCAAAGAAGAGCCUAUGGAGCCCGCCCUGGAAGUACAGCUCCAGGUCACGCGUUUUUCGAUUCCACAGUCUGCUGUCUUUGACCUCAAGACUCGACAAGUCACAACCCCAAACCCCAUCCGCGAAUCACAGGUCCACAGCCGCGCGUGGGCUACACAGUCGCCCAACUUCAUCCUCGCACACUACACGAGAGAUCACAGUGACAAGCGUCAUGUAAAGGGCCGUUUCUCGAACGAUUCCACCGUCGUCCACGAUGUCAGCAGUGACAUCAAGGAGUGGGAGGCUGACAAUGAGGUGGCGAUUCGUGGGCUGAUCCAGGUGAUCAAGAAGCUCGAUGAAAUUACCGAGUCACGAGAGGAAAAGAGAGUCGAGGUCCGUCGCGAGGGACUCGGUGACCUACAGAUCUGGACGGCCGCUAUUCAAUCACAUGCUGAUGCAGAAGAGGGUGUCCUGCCGCCAAGUGUUAUUAGUGCUUGGAAGGGAGAGCCAGAAGCUCGCGAGGCUGUACUGCGAGAGAUGGCAUAG